AUGUUUUCCCAGAGCCGGUUUUCGCUCGGGCCACAACGUCUUUGCCUUCCUGAUAAGCAAAAAGUUACAGACAUACAGAUUAAAAAAAACGGCGCGAAUGAGGCGGGAAUCCAAACCCAAUUCUUCGAAGCUCUGCUCUUCUUCAUCCUGUUCUUCCCCGUCUGCAACGACGGACGAGCGAAUCAGCGCGAUUGUUGUGUCGCGGAGGAGGCAAAGCUCGCGAAGGAAGAUAUAAAGCUCACUAAGAGUCAGUUUACAACAUCUGUAAAUUGCUGGUCGCCGGCGGUCUCGCCGGAGGGUGUGAGCCAUCGUGCCGCAGGAGCUACAGCCGAGCCUACCGUCUAG